AGGAAGAGAGAGGCAUCGUCUGAGGUACUCCUGACAUCUCCCUUUGCUGGAGAGAGGCAGAUGAGAGCGGCUCGCGUUACGCCCGCCUCCAGCGUGAGAGCACGGAGGAGGUCCCGGCCCUGAGGCGGUGAAACGGAUGCAAGGAAGGUCGCCCCUUGCCGAACGCUGGUCUCACGGUCGCUGCGGAGAAGCUGCAUCAAGCUAAUUGACACCAAGGACAGCAGAGACGUGCUUUGCAUGACGAUGGCAACACCUGCACUGAUGCAACAUGUAGACCACCUCAAGCGUCACCUCGAUUAUCUCCAAGAUGCCAAUGACAGCACAAUCCGUGAACUCACCGAAGCCGAUGAAGAGAUCUCCCGACUCAGAGGCGACAUAGCUGAACUGAAAGUGAGACAUGCGGAAGAGCUGCGAUUGGUCAAGCAAGAGAGUGACUACUUCAAAAAUAAGUUUAACAGACUGUGUUCUGCUGCAUCCCAGAACACUGCGAAGGACGGUACAGCUGACUUGCUGGAACAGAUCCAACGACUGAGGAAUGAGUCCCGGAAGCUCAGAGAGAUGAACCACAGACUCGAUGAAGAAAACCGUCAACUUAAAGAAAUCCUGUGGGAUCUCAAACGACAGGACAAAUGGUUCCCAAGGAAACAAUUCCAAGGAAAGAUUGUGAAUGCGGAAAUCGCGAUAAAAGGCGACAGGACAAUUUCAGGAACAAAGGCGCAAAGGUGUGCAAGAGAAAGCGAGACCAUGUUACAGAAAAUGUCUUCUCUACCAGCCCGCUUACACUGCAUCUCCCCAUCUUCACAAAUCGGCUUUGAAUAUUUCGACAUCGAAGACGGAAUUGGUCCAUUCGAAUCGGAUGCGAAUAGAAUGACUUUCGAUCAGCGGCUCAGAUCCCACGACGACGAACACGCAGAAAGAUCCGCCGGUAGUCGUUCUUCGGCUUCGAUCGACAGCGACGACACGGAGGCUCUACUUGCGUCAUGCAACGACGUGACCGACGGUCAGCUCGUGAAUUCAAACGUUCCUCGUAAUGCAGGUAGUCUGUUGGAUCUGGAUGAGUUGAGUGAAGAUGACACGUCACUUGUGAACAAUAAUAAUCCUCGACAACAGUUCCAACAUGCACAUUGCUUCAGUUCAAAUCUCUGUAAACCAAUAACUUCACCUUCUGGUUUUAGUGGCGGCAGCAGCGGCGGCUGCCUCAACAGACGAAAAACAUCAAGGUCAUCGGUUGACAACGCCGCAGUGCCCCGACGUCCCUUUGCUCCCAGGAGCAUUGCGGAUCUGAAAAUCGGGCAUCUCGUCAAAUUCUCUCGGCCCGCAGGAAAGAUCGGCAAAGGAGUGGUCAGAUACCUGGGCAACCUACCCGGCCGGCAGGAAGCAUAUCUGGGCGUAGAACUGGAAGGCGCCGAGGUUGGUCAGCAUAAUGGGACCUUCGAAGGAGUUCGUUAUUUCAUUUGUAAAAUGAACAAAGGUGUAUUUGUAAACUUCAGUAAAGUUAUCGUGGCCUGGGAAUAGGAAGAUGGGACAAAUGAUUCUCAUGCGAGACAAGAGAAAACCUUCAACACAGAUUUCCUUCAAUCAAAAACUAUUGUUCCUUCCAAGCCAAGCGAGCAUCUCCACCCCAUUCUCUCACCCAGAUGUCAUAAAAGAAAAUUCCUGGACUCAAUUAAGCCUCGGUGUUAAUUAUAAAUCAUCUUGCAAGACUGUCGUGUGAUCAAGAUUAAGCUUUUGUUUGCAAUGAAUCCUCUGAAUUUCAAUCACCUAUACUCGGGUGCUUUUCUCAGUCAAUUCCAUUUGAUACUUUUGCCGUCUCAUCAACGCCUUUCAGAUGUGACUCUCCUCCUUCGGCGUUCGAUUCUCCCCAUUCGAGUUAUUUUUGUCCUCCCCAUUCUCUGUUCAAAUUGGUACUUUGCUCUCCAAUUUUUUAUUCGCAACUUGCACGUCACCCCGUCGACCACACUGGCCCUUCCGUCUCCCCUUCCCGAGAACACUGGAGCCCAGCCCUCACUGUCUCUUCCCGAAAUAUCACACCUCCUCCGUGACCCUGCUUCCCUCCUUCCGACAAAGUCCUCCGUACCGUCUCGUUCCGCUCCCUCUCUAAAUCAGCCCUAGUCUAGAAUUGCUCUUCCUUUCCCCAUCCUUAGGUGGGGCUCCGUCAUCGCUCUCCGUAGAUGGGAGUGAACAGUCACUGAGUCUGUCACGUCUGGCAUCAAGACCGUUCUGCAGACCAAAGGCACUUCCAGUAUUGUGCACUUCAGAACUAAUGUAUUCCCAUCCAGAAACAUUCACUUUUACUACUAAACUAAAGCAACAUUUGUAUCUGAAGACGGCACUGACAGCUCUCACGUUGACAUUUUACUGUUUUCUCAUAUUCCAUUUUCAGUGAUAGAGAAUAAGACAUUGAUAGCAGAUUAUAAACGAUAGCCGUCAUUAAAACAUCCUUGUAGUUAUUUGAGCCACAUCCGAGUUGUGGGAAAUUGUUUUCAAUGUAUGCUCUGCCAUUUGAAUUGACCUGUACCAUUGGUAUGCCAGUCAAGUUUUUCACUAUACCUCGGUACAAGUGACAAUAAUAAACCAAUACCGAUACUUGAUUCCGUAAAGACUCCAGAAAUGGCAAAUGAAAAGCAGCAAGCAAAUUCAGGCUUCCGAUUCUGGGCAGGAAGUUCUACGUGCAAAUCCAUUAUUGUUCCAAACGUAACUGUCAAUAUGUCUCCACAAAUUCCAGACCAUGUUUAAACAUAUCUUCUAACCUUGACAGCUGUUCUGCAAAAAGAAUCACCCCUUGUUGUAGAUUUUCCAUUCUAAUGCACGACAGAGGUGACGGCAGUGCAUUUCCAAGUUAAUUAUUUUGCUUCCAUGGAACAUUCAAGUUGAUCUUUAAUGCGAUUUUAGGAUAAAACUUUAAAUCCGAUGGAGGUAGUUCAGGUUCUUUCUCACUGCAGUCCUGCAGUGCUUAAGUAUCAAUGCUACGAAGCAAAGUCAUGAUUGAUAUUUUGGAUUAUUAUUUGAAACUCGAUGGGAAAAAAGUUAUCAUUUUUUCCUUUAUUUCAGUCAUGAUCUUCUUUGAUUCAUCCUUCGGGUCACCCAAACCGAUCCAUAAUGCGAGAAGUGGACUACCAGGUUAUACGCGAGGUCUUGGCACAAAAAGUUAAAGGAUGGUUUUACACCUGUGCACAGCCUUUCACAAUGCCAGAAAAUUAUCCCUUUAAUAGAAAUUACAGUACUCUGUGUCACAGCGUGAAAUCAAUAAAAUGAAACCUACAAGCUUCUGUACAGAUUCAAACACUUCUGGGUUCACAUCAAUCCCCAUCCUCUGAACGUUCCAGUGUUUACAUCGUUUCGCACACCCACGACCAAGUCAACAUUAAAUCAGGAAAUACAAGCGGUCCUCUCCUUACGCAUCCAAAGAUAAGCAGAGAAAUCCUUUUCAGUAAGGAAGAUUUGCCUACCUUCGUGCCAUUAAACUUGCACGAUAACAUUUACAAAGUUACAUUCGCUCGCCUUGCACUCCAUCGGGCAUUAGAGAGAGUUGGAAUCGAUGGGGACGUAAAAAAUGGAUUUAAGAUAGACUUUGCUAUUGUAGAUCAAUUUUUUACUUUCAGUCACCUUUGAGCAUUGUUCCUCAUGAUGUAAAUUUGCUCCAUUUUCCCCCCCACAAAUCAGAGCAGGGUUCCUCGGUCACAUAGUUUCUCACAAUGUUUCCGAGAGAAAGGUACUGAAGACCAUCUUCUGUUACCGACUAAAUAAUUCAUUUUAACACUGAACGACGUGUCAGAUUCAUGCAUUUGCAGUUGACGUGUGGCCUACCCGGUUCUGUGCCAAUCCAUUUCAGAUUUAACCCAAAAUAAAGUGGGUCUUCGAUGUUUAUGCUCGAAUUGAUCGCACACCAGCUGCAUAUUGUGAACCCAUCGCCAGGAGUGCAGUAGGGCAGAGUACAGACUAAAGUCACUGCGUACAAUAAAUAUGCAUUUGCUGUAAUAUCGAUGAUGCCAAUAGCAAUCUCGGGCUCCACUGCAUGAGAUUGUCUUCGUCACAUUGUCGGCUAACAGUACCAUCGAAAAAAAUCAACUUAAGACUCUGUAUUGACCAAGUAGCGUGAUCAAUGUAUUCCUCGCUAUCUGUGUUAAAUGACUUGUACGAAAUGUCGGUAAGUACAAGUAAGUGCUUUUCUGAGCAGGGUGUGUAAUUGGAACAAUAUCUUCGGUCACUGAUGUACCAUCACUUUACUAUUCAUUGUGUACACCUCAUGGUGUAUUUCAUUUUUAGAGGAUUCAAUUACUUACAUCUCUUAUGCCUUCUGUGAAAAUUACUAAACUUUGAGUGAACAUUACAUUUUUGCUGUAAAUGGGUUGGUGUGCAUGCCACAGGUCCGUCUUAAUUUAGCUCGGUUGGUAUAAUAAUUUAUUA